ACUCCAGCUCUUUAGACGCAGACAGACAACAAACGCUUGUGGUACUGAAGGGACAGCUCCGCUUACACUAGGUAGAGCAAUUGUCGCGUCGGACUUGAACGGUUCUUCUUUUUCCAACUUAAAAGUUGAGCCACUUUAUCUCCCUAAAGCUAAAGUAUUAUGUAAAGAAUGGGUAUAAAUAAUUGAAUGUUAAAUGAACGUAAUGACAGAGGAGGGCGACUAUAAAUUAGGAGUGGAUGUUACAGCCACUUCAAAGCUAGACUGGUUAACUGUUAAAGUAGAUUUACUGUCACUGCAGUGUCAGUGCUCAGACUAAGGAAAAAGAGUGCCUACAAAACCUGGAUGAUGUUCUAAAUGGAACAUUUCUUCGAUUUGUGUGCCUAAAGAAUAUGCUGGAAGCAGUUCCUUCCCUUUGCUGAAUGGACAAUUUCGAAUGCCAUUUAUCUUGGCAUUGUUUACUAAAUUUAGAACUUUGCUGUAAUUUAAUCUAUGCAGAAUAUUUACCUGCAUAGUUAAGAUAAUUUUCAGUCUUGGGACUGCAGCAUUAUGUAAUGGAAGCUAUCUGGAUCUAUCAGUUUAGGCUGAUAGUAAUUGGAGAUUCCACGGUUGGGAAGUCUUGUUUGCUACGCCGCUUCACUGAAGGGAAUUUCUCAGAUGUCUCGGAUCCUACCGUAGGAGUUGAUUUUUUUGCCCGACUGGUUGAGAUCGAACCCGGGAAAAGAGUGAAACUGCAGCUCUGGGAUACUGCUGGACAGGAAAGAUUUCGGUCUAUAACUCGUUCCUACUACCGCAACUCCGUUGGUGGUCUUUUGGUAUUUGACAUUACAAAUCGACGGUCAUUCGAACAUGUGCAAGACUGGGUAGAGGAGGCUAAAAUGCAUGUACAUCCAUUUCAAAUCGUGUUUCUUCUGGUGGGACACAAGUGUGACUUAGAAUCAAAACGACAGGUUACAAGAGAUGAAGCUGAGAAAAUGGCAUCUACUUGUGGAAUGAAAUACAUUGAAGCUUCUGCAAAAAAUGCAGUCAGCGUUGAGGAAUCAUUUACAAUCCUUACCCAAGAAAUAUAUUGGCGUCUCAAAAAGGGGGAUAUUUCUAUUCAAGAAGGAUGGGAGGGCAUCAAAAGUGGGUUUGUCCCAAAUGUUGUUCAUUCCUCUGAAGAAGCUGUGAAACCAGGAAGACGGUGCAGCUGCUGAGUAGAGGGCCAUAGAUAAUGAUGACACCAAAGAACUGGUCUGUGUGUGUGUGUGUGUGUGUGUGUGUGUGUGUGUGUGUGUGUGUGUGUGUGUGUGUGUGUGUGUGUGUGUAGGUAGGGAACCUUCUAAAGAGCAUAUCAGAAUAUAAAUAUGCAUUGACAGCUACAGCCCUUGGAGUAAUUUAAUAAAACAUGCUUCACUUAUAAUCUGAAAUACCAGUCCAUCUUAUAAAUUGCAAAAUGAGCAACAAUAUGCUUUGCAAAGUACAAUCAAAUUAUUUGCUGCCUUAUUUCAUAACAUGAACAACAUCUAGCAGAUAAACUAUAUGUG